UUUUGGUUUCGUUAUGAAAAAUAGAUAAAAAUUGAACCACAAUUAACUGAGCCGCGAGUUGGAGAGUGUAAUUGUGGAUCACGAGACGAUUUGUUUUAAAGUUGCAGUACGAACAGUAUUUAAAAGGAGGGUUGGCUGGUUUGAUUCAACAACCUAGAUUUACUUUCAAGUUAUUCAUUUCCAAACGAAAGUCCAGUUUUUUAUUGAGCAUUACAUCAACUGGGAUGUUCUUUACCUGUGAAGAGUGUUCAAUACAAUGUAGUGAUAUUCAACUAUACAAACAACAUUUGGAAAGUGAGAAACAUCGUAAAAAGCAACAAGAUUUUGUUGACAGACAAGUAUUAAUAAAGGCUGCUGAAGAACAUUAUUCAACUUUUCAAGCAACUACUGUGGACAAGAUGGAUUGCUCAUUGACUGGUGAAUACUUUUGUGAUACUUGUUCUAAAAGAUUUAGUGGACCAGUUCCCUUUAAGCAGCACAUGGUUAGUGAGAAUCAUGCAAAAAAGCUGAAGAAACAACAUCUUUUAAGUGAGAUUCAACCACUUUUCAAAACUGAAAACUCCCUUAGGUUAUGUUCUCCAGGAGCCUGUAACGACAUACAGUACAAUAGACCUACCACGAUGUUUGCUUGCACAAUAUGUGAAGUAAGAUUUUCAGGCCCAGAAUGUGCUGAACAGCAUUUUCAAAGUCCUAAACAUAUGAAAACAAUUAAAAAACUAGCUCUUGAAAAAGAAGUAAAAUCAUUUAUGAAUGUUCCCUUGGAGGAAGAAGCUGAUAAAACAGUGAAGCAGGAUGAAGAUACCUCACAAUUUUUAUCCAACCAGCUAGGCAAACUGAAUGUUGUUGAAACUGCUUGUACAAGAGCAUCAACUUUGGAACAUUUAGAAAAGCAAAACCAAGAAGCUGUAGUGACAAGUUCAACCAAUGAUACUGAAGAUAUUAAAAGUCAACUAAAAUGUGAAGUUUGUGGUAUUCCAAGUUUCCCUGACAUCAAAGAAACACUCGCACAUUAUGAAAGUGAGGAUCAUAUUUUGCUAAAGAAAAUUAUUUCAUCACCAUAUCAGAAUUUGCUUCUUAGUAAUCAAGGUCAUUUUGGAAAUCCAAAUCAAUUUACAAAUAUUCAAUCAUCACUGGCCAAAGAGGACACAAAAGAGCAUCUUUCUUAUCUUUGUAACUCAGAAAGCAAUUCACAUGAAGGAAUUUCAAAAGUUUGUGAUACAUUUGAUUCUAAUCCCUCUGCUCCACCAGAAAACAUUAUGAACAAUAACUUAAAAUCUUCUUAUAACCUAAAUAUGAAAGCAGAUAAAAAACUUAACAUGUAUAAAUAAGUUCAUGUACAUUAAUGGUGAUCCUUAAGUUUUGAAAAAUAUUUUUCUCUUAAUGAUUAAUCACUACAUGAUUAUACAAGAUCAAAAUGAAGGGAAAAUUGAUUGCAUAUUAGUAGAAUUAAAAAAUUACAAUUAAAUUUUUCAAGUUGAUUUUAAGGCUUGUUUUUUCUGUAUUAAAGCAAUCUUGUUCUAAAACAUUUUUCAGGUUAUUCUUAUUGGAAGUAUUCAUUCAUAAAAAUAUGUCAUAGUUUUAUACAUAAGACUAGUAAAUUAUUGACCAGCAAGGAAACUGUGGCUAAUGUUAUGAAAUGAUAUCAGAAUGAGACUAUACAGUCAUUCAGAUCUCUGGAAGAAUAGUAUUCUCUGAAACAAGUCUUACCCUACUGGAAUGUUUAAAAUCAAAGAACACCCAAAAAUCAACCUAACACUUUCUUAGCUAAACUUGUGUCAAGUAAGAAAAUAAUAAAAAAAUAUAGAA